AUGUCAACCACUUCGUCUCGACGUACGAAAGUCUCAUCACAUGAUUCCCAGGACCUCCAUGGCAGUCUCAAAGACAAGCCUCCUCUCCCUUACACGGUCGGCGCCGCGUUCACCGCAUAUCGUCACAAGCCCCCUGCGCCCUUUGGCCAUGGCUACGACAGUCCAUGGCCGCCGUUUAAGACAGGCAAGUUCUGGCUACCGCAGCUUGACUACUGCCUCUCGCAGUCGCCACUGCCUGGUCAUACGCUCAAGGAAUACUGCACACUCGCCAUCACGGACCUUAUCCGCACCGGAUACACAUAUAACGCGCAAGUUGUAGUAGUAAAUAAGACUAUGGUAGCUAAAAUUUAUGAUCCGCUCUACGACAACGGCUUCGAUUGCUACGACAAUAAGCGCGACGUUAUCGUCCUAGCCGACGGCGACUACUCGCGAGAAGCAGCCGCAUACGAAACUCUGCAGCGAUCGUCUGAAGCGCGGAAUUGCAUCCCAGACUACUACGGCAGCUGGACGAUACAGGGCUGGGUGGAGGAUGAUAUCGGGGCGGCGAAUGAAUGGCUUUGGGAAUGUUUUAGGGAGAGGGAGGAGUAUGUGCCGGUUGUUAGGGAUGAAGAUAGAGAGGAGUGUCCGAGGCUGGUCGAGGUGGAGGAGCUCACGGGAUGUAAUAGCAAGUCAUGCAUCACAAAAUAG